AUGGAAGGGCAUCGACAUCCGAGGCCCUCAAAUCAUAUCGAGAACUUGGUGGGCGAAAAGUACCAGAUACAGAGCCACAAAGUUAGCGACGACUAUCUCGACGUCUAUGUCGUUACCGAUGCGUACGGUAGACGUUUCGAGGCGCAGGCUUUUGUGCCCGUCACGGAGCUGCCGCGGGAGAGGGAGGGUCUAUACCAGGCGCGUCGGCGGCGUAUGCGGCGCAUCUGCCGUUCUCCCAACUUCACCGAGGAAUUCGAACACGACGGGCGCCGAUUUUUGGUUUCAAAAGUUCAUAGGAGCAGCAAGGAAUGGGCGGACUUGCAGGCUAUGGCCGGCGGGCGCACAAAGGGUGAAAACUUGUGCCUGCUGGCGGAUAGCUGUACAGAAGAUGCCUGGGCUCGAACGACGCGCCGGAUAGGUGAUUUUGGGGUGACAGACACUCGCGUCCCAGGCCAGCAGGUAUCGAGCUAUGCGGAAGCAGUAGCUAUCAAUAAAGAGUAUCCCGAGGUUAAAAGCCCGCAGAACGAGAGGCAGCGGGUAUAUCUUUCUCUAGGCCGCUCCAGAAACGUAGUACAGGGUGCAUAG